UUCCACCUGUAGAAUUACCAAAAAGAGGUUUAACUGCUGAAGGAUUAACUGAAAAUUGUUCUGAAGGAAAGACUACUAUAGAAUUGGUUAUUAUCAACAAAACAAAAGAAAACUCAACUAACAACAAACAAACAUCAGAAAACAACAACAACAAUCAAACUUCACAACAACAAGAAAAACAACAAAAUAAUCAAAACAGUGAAUUAAAACAAAACAAUAUUAACAAAUCAUCUAAUUCUCCAUCUUUUUCUGUAGGCCAAAUGUUGUUGAAAUUGUUGCCUUGUAAUUGUUCUUUUAUGGGGGGAGAUCAUGGAACAACAUUUGAAGAAGUUGCAUCCUGGGGAGUUAAUUUCGAUCGUUUAAUGAAAAAUAAACAUGGACAGAAAUAUUUUGCUGAAUUUUUAAAAAGUGAAUAUAGUGACGAAAAUAUAUUAUUUUGGCAAGCUUGUGAAGAGUUAAAAAGAGAGAAAAAUACAGAGAAAAUUGAAGAAAAGGCUCGUAUAAUUUAUGAGGAUUUUAUUUCAAUUCUCUCCCCAAAAGAAGUUUCUCUAGAUUCUCGUGUUCGCGAAAUUAUUAAUCAAAAUAUGGUUCACCCUUCUUCACAUACUUUUGAUGAAGCUCAGAAUCAGAUAUACACAUUAAUGCAACGAGACAGUUAUCCACGGUUUAUAGCAUCUGCUCUUUACAAAAGACUUUUAAGGUAA